AUGGAAAAAGGGGAUGAAAAUGAUGAAAUUGUUCAGGAAUACAUAAAAACUAAUGUGAUAUGGAUUCCGAGAUCUCCAUCAAGACCAGAAGUCUUUGAAAUACAAGAUUUUACAAGCAUACAGUUGAAUGAAAUAAUAGCAAUAAAUGCAAUAUAUGGCUCAAUAACAAUUCAUAAUGAUAAUAGUGGAUUAAUUAAGAGAUUAAUUGAUGAUCAGGAAAACUUGAUAAGUUUUUCAGCAGAGAUUUAUAAUGGAUUUAAUAAUAGGGAUAGCACAGAGAUAAAGGUGUUAUUUAUUCCAGGAAAGGAUGAAAUUAUUAAUAAAGAAUUCGAAAAAUCAAAGUAUCUGGUUGAUUCAAAUUAUGAAGGAAAUAUUUUUACAGUUUAUAGCUUAAUUUUAUCCAGAAGUUUAAGUGAAACAAUGCCUUUUAAAAAUAGGCGUUAUUGGAGAAGAACUCAUCUAUAUGCCCGUCUAACAGUAUAUUAUGGAGAAAAAUAUCCAAUAAUUAACCCAGGAUUAUUAUUCGAGUUUUCUUUAGAACUACCAGAAAGCAUUGAAGUUAAGUUAAUAGAAGAAAUUCAAGAGAUUUUAUUAAAUAGAAGUGGAGAUCAGGAAUGCAUUUUUCAGGUUAUAAAUUGUUUGGAAAUGAUUUUGGAAAAUUUAUGUGAUUAUCUACAAAUUUCUGAGGACUUAUGGGAACAAAUGAGACGGCAAAACAAUCAGAGAGAAUUUGAAAAACAUUUGGAUAAUAGUGUUAUAUAUGAAGAUGAUGGAAAUAAUUAUAUGAAUAAUGAAGAUUUAGAAAAAUUAAUUGAUUUGAAGAUUUCAGGAAUAAAUUAUUCAACUAAAGGAAUUAACGAUAAAGAUGAAAAAUUGAAUGAUAAAACAGCAUCAGAGAUGGUGUCUGGAUUUUUAGAUGAUACAAUUCUUGAUUAUCCUGUAAACACAAGUGAAAUUGUUGAAGAAAAUGACACUUCUAAUAUUAUAUUAAAUUUGGAUUUAUCUUAUAUUCGAAAAGAGAUUUUUGAGCACAAUAUAAAUUAUUCAUUAUUUUCAUCAAAAAGAUUUACUCAAGAUUUUAGAGUAUUGGAAGUACUUUAUUCUGGUAGAAACGUAAUCAUAACAAAGUCAUUACAUCUAAUUGACCAAAAUAAUUAUCAAGUUUCUAUAUAUAGAAUACCAUCAAGUAAAUUUAAUCAGAUUCAAAAAAAAGUAUCUUCAUUAGUAAUGCUUCAACAUAGGUAUAUGGUAAGAUACUACCAAUGUUGGGUUGAAAAAUGUGAUAAUAAAAAGGAUGAAAGAAAUGAUCAAGAAGAUUUUUUAUUAUUGUAUAUUCAAUCAGAGUUUAUGGAAGAAAAUAUUACAUUAUUUGAAUUUUUUGAAAAAGGAAAAAUAACAACUAGAGAUAAUCAUUUAAUAUGGUCUUUAUUUAGGCAGAUACUGGAAAUAAUGUCAUAUUGUCAUAGAAAUGAGGUUUUUCAUUUGAAUUUAUCUUCAAAUUGUAUAUAUAUAGAAGAAGAUAUAUAUGGAUACUCAGUGAAAUUAUCUAAUUUUAUUUUUGGAUCUCAUUUGGACUUGAAUUUUGAUAAUAAUAAUGAAGAAUUUUCAUUACCAAAUAUACUAUUUACAGAAAUUAAGAAAUUUAAUGAUGAAAUAUUAUUAGUAGAUAUUAGUUGUACUUGCCAGAUUUUUUUGGAAAUGUGGUUAAAAAUAAAAUACAAAGGAUUGGAAUAUGAAAAAUUUAAUGAAAAUUUACUUGAUUGGUUAAGUAAAUUAAAAAUUGUUAAUGAAAAUGUAUCAUUUAAAGAAAUGAAUCAAUUAUCAUUGGAAAUUUCAAAAAAUAUUGAUGAAUUAUUUGUUUUUAAUAUUGAUAUACCGUUGGAAUUUAAAUAUAUACCAAAAACUGCAUUAAUAAUUAUGAGAAAAUUAAAGUAUGAAACAAAUUUUAAAAAUAAUAAUAGUAUUGAUGAUUUACUCAAAAGUGAUUUAUUACCUAGUUCAAUAAAUAAGAAUGAGUUUCAGUAUUAUUUAUCAAGAAUAUGUAAUCCAAAUACUUAUGAGAGUCAUAUAACUUUAAACACAUUAUUUGGAAGAAAUGUAGAUAAGAUAAGUUAUACAGCAUUUUUAAUGGAUAUAAAAAGUGAUGAGAAAGUAAAUAUGAUUGAUUUAACUUUUAGUGAUAUUGUUAAAACAAGUAUUACAAAAAUAUUUGAUGAUCAUAACUUCGUUUUAUGGAAACUUCCUAUAUUAUAUCCAACACAAUUUUUAACUGAUAAGAGAAUAGAUACAGUAAAUAAUAGUAAAGAUUUUGAACAAGUAUUAUAUGAUUGUGGAUAUAGAACAAGUGAUCCUCAUUUUUUAUUGGAUAUUUCAAACAAUUUAUUAUGUUUGCCAAAAUCAGCUCCAUUUUCUAUGAUAUCUUCUUUAAUUUCUUUGUUAUUUGGUGAUCAUUUUAAUCAAAACACAGUAUCUAGUAGUUAUUUUUCAGAUUUUGAAAAUAAAUCCAAAAAAAGUUCAGGUAUUGGUAUUGAUGGAAUUAGUGGUACAAAUAAUGGAUUUAAAAAUGUUUUAAAAAUAGAUGAUUUACAUACUAAUAUCAUAUCAUCUAAUAAUUCGAAUAUUUUACCAGGAUUAUAUUGCAGAGAUUUAAGUAUGGAUAUUCUUGAGGAUUCUCCAAUUCAGAGAUACGUUUUAUUUCCUAUAUAUGAACAGCCUAAUAAUAGUAUAAAUAAUGGCCUGGAUAAUCAUGUUUUUGGUUCACCAAGAACAAAAUUAUCUUUGGCUUUUGAUAUGAUAUACAAAUUAAAUGAAUCUGAUUUCAGUACAGGAAUUAGUUCAUCUGGUGGUAAUUACAAUGAUUUAAAUAUGAUUAAUUUAAAUCAAAAUAAUCAAAGAUUAAUAAUUAACCAAACUUGUGGUAACUUAUUAUGUGAUGAUUUAAAGAGAAUAUAUCAAUCAAAUGAUAGUGGACAAACAAUUAGUAUGGAUAAUAUUAUUUUGGAAGUUGAAGGGUUAUUAUUAUCUUUAAAGCUUAUCUUACCUUGGUUAGAUUAUUUGGAGGAUGUUCCUAUUGUUAGGCUGACAUUUCCUUUAAUGUCAAAGAUAAUUUAUUUGGAAUUACUUGAGAAAAUGCUAAGUGGAAAAUUAGAAGAGGAUGAUAUUAAUAAAAGAAAGGAAUUAGAUUUAUUUACUCAAAAGUCGAUUUUUAAAGAAAUUUAUAAUAUUAAUAUAAAGGAAAAUAGAAAAGACAAACAAAGAGAAGAUGAAGAAGAAGAAGAAGAAGAAGAAGAGAAAGAGGGAGAAAAGGAAAAAACAUUUAUAAGAGAACUGUUUUUGAGAAUGCAUGCUUUUGAGUGGAAGUAUGAAAGCAAUAUUGGGAAUUACAGACUGAAAAGUGUAUAUGAAAAUAAUUUCAUAAUGAAAACCUAUGAAUUUAUUCGUGACAACCAAAUAAUAAAGCUUUAUGUUCAAGUAUUGAAUGAGGUUUUAAAUUUAUUAUCAGAAUCAACAGAAUUACUGAUAUAUAAAGACAAAAAGGUUAAAUUUUAUUUAGAUCCAAUUAUGGAUUAUGACGUUAAUUUAUAUGAUCAAACAACUUUGGUAUAUUCAAUAACUUCAGAAAAAAAAGGAAUUAAUAUGAUCUAUGGAAUGGGAGGUUCUUAUUCAUAUAAGAUUAAUGGGAUUAUAAAUAGUUUGUUUAAACAAAAUUCUAAUAUAUCUGGAGGAUUUAAUACUGUUAAUAUUGCCUCUUUAACUACUGGAUAUGGCUUUGAUAAUAAAAAUACAUUUACCAAUUUUUAUAAUAACAGUAAUGAAAAUUGUAUUAAUAAUAUGGGAGGAUUAGGUAUUUCUAAGUUUCCAAAUUUUUUAAAUUGUAUUAUGGGAGAAGUUUCUAUAGAAUUGAUAAUAAAUCAGGUAUGUGAGAAAGCUAAAAGAUACAGAGCAGAAUUUGUUAAUACUGGUGGAUAUAUUAAUGGUAUUUCAAUUAAUGAUCUUUCUAUGAUGAAUGGAGGAAUUAAUUUGAAUAUUUCUUCUUUUGAAAAAACUAUUGGUAGUAAGUCGAGAAGAAGUUCAUGGGCUGGAUUCAAUAAUAAUAUUAAAACUAAUAUUGAUACCAGUUCCAUUCCUAACUUUGGAAACAAAGAAAAAAAUUUCAAUAUUUCAACUUUAAAACAAUUUAAUCACCAAAGUGAAUUAUCUUUGGGAAUAUAUGAUUAUGAAGAAAUAACUGAUUUAUCUAAAGAGUUACUUUUAAGGCCAAUAUCUUUAUUAAAAUCUUGUUAUCCAAGAGUCAUCGUAAUGACACAAACUACAAGAUUACAACCAAAAGUUUUAAGUCUAACAAGGAGAUUAUGGCAGAAUGGUGUAAGAAGUGAAUAUAGAUUGUCACCAGUACGUUCUUUAGCAAUUUUUUUGGAAAAGCUUAAAAGAGAUACUUUGGUUGAGUUAUUAAUUGUUGUAAUGUUUCAAAACAGUAAUAUUGGUUCUAAUAGUGUAAAUUAUUUUCAUUCAUCAUUGUGUAAUUCAACAUCAAUAGGAAUAGGAACAAUGGGAUUUGGAGGAGCACCAGGAGUAUUAGGAGCACCAACUUUUGCAAAUGGAGGAGUAACUAUACCAAUUGGUGGAAUAGCAACAGUAUCAGGAGCAGCAGCAGGAGCAACAGUAGGAGCAGCAACAGGAGCAGCAGGAACAAUAGGAACAACUUCUGGAGCAGGAGUCUCAGCACUUUCAGGAAUUUCUUCUUCUAUGGUUGAUGAGAGCCCAAGUCAAUCUUAUAGUAGUUCAAACAUGAUUAAUCAAGAUGGUUAUAGUGGAGCUUAUCUUGGGAAUAUUAUUGGAUCUUCAUCUACAUUAGGAGCUGUAACAGGAGUUGGAACAUCUGCGUCAGGAACUACUACUACUACUACUACACCAACAGUAACAACAACUGCAUCAUUAUUAGCAGGAACAACAACAACAACAACAAUGGCAAUAGCAGUAGGAGGAACAGGAAUAGUACCAGCAACAUCUCUAUCAGGAACUGCAAUUGGAACUGGAACAUAUGCAUUAGGAUCCUCAAAUUCAACUGUUUCUGAAUGUACUAAAAAUAAGAAUGUUAUCUUUAGGAUAGAACCAAUUUCUGGCUUUUAUUAUGAAACAAAUGCAUUCAAUAAUAUUAAAGUUAUUAUGGAUAAUGAAGAAAGUGUGGUAAAUUAUGUACUAACAAAAAGGAAAAAACAAAUAAUUAAUUAA